AUGGCAGUCGUCAACCUCACAAUGGCCGGAAAGCCUGCCGAAUCGUCCAAAACCGCAUCCACGAGCACUGGCGUCUACGCCUCCGCCGUCGCCCUGGCACUCGUCAGCUUCUUCCUCAUGCUCCUCAUCAUACCGCCAAUGUUCUGGCACGCACGCAACCGCAAUAUCGGAGCCACUGCCCUGGUGGCUUGGCUGAUCAUGCUACUGCUCUUCACCUUCACCAACGCGAUCAUCUGGCCCUCCGACGACAUCCCCUCAUGGUUCAGUGGUACCGGAUACUGCGAUGUCCAGAUCAAGCUCCAGGUUGCGGCUCAGGUGGCCGUGCCUGCCUCGUUCGCCUGCAUUCUCCGAGCAUUGGCAGCGGUCAUGGAUACCGACCGCGCAAUUUUCGUCCAGACAAAGGCGCAGAAGCAGUGGAGUGGCAUCGUCGACUUGAUUUGCUGCGUCGGGUUCCCAUUGCUGCAGAUGCUCUUGCAUUACGUGGUGCAGAGUCGACGAUACUACGUCUAUGGCAUCUCUGGCUGUGCACCGGCUGCCAGUACCAGCUGGCCAUCGAUUCCGAUCAUGAUCUUACAUCCGCUGCUAUGGACUAUUCUCGACGUCUACUUUGCAGUCUUGAUCAUCAUCCGUCUCUACCAAUACCGCCUCUCCUUCAACGCAAUCCUCGCCAGCAGAAACACCAACAAAUCCCGCUUCCUACGCCUCUACCUCAUCUGCACCAUCUGGAUCCUCGGCAGCCUCCCUGUUCAAUGCUAUAACAUGAGCGUCAACGCAGCAAGACUUGGCCGGAAGGCCUACAGCUGGAGCUACGUGCACCGGGCGGAGGCUUGGAACGAGCUCGUCAUGGUUCCCAGUCAUGGCGCAAUCCUCUACGAUCGUUGGAUCUGGCUGGCUUCCGCCCUCGUAGUCUUCAUCUUCUUCGGCUUUGGGCGCGACGCCAUAUCAACAUAUCGCACUGCUUUGGUCGCGCUCGGCCUGGGCAGAGUGUUCCCGAGCUUGAAGUCUGGCCCUCGUGCCGCCACUCCGGCUUCCACCAGCUCGUUCAGCAGCAAAGCGAAGAUGCUCUUUAAGCGUAAGAGUUCGGCGUCCUCAUUUACAUCAGGCUCGCGGGGUGCGUCGGCUGUAGAGCCACUGUCGCCGAAAAGCAGGACAUUUCUGGACACGAUUGAUGAGGCCGAGACCGCUGAUGAGAAGGCCAACAACGCCAACCCGCAAGCAUCUCAGGCUGCUUUCAAAAAGAAGGGUCGGCAAUGGAGUCCUGCCUCCUUGUUAACCAGCUUCUCGGCUUUGCUCCAAUUUGGCAAGGCUGGGCAACGGCAAACACCUCCAGCAGCGCCACCGAAUUUGAGCCUACAGCAAAGCUCGGUGCUGUCGACUAUCAGCUCUGCAGUAAGAUCCGACUCCAUGUCGCAACAGGUUCGAAGCAUAAGCCCCGAUGAGAUGGUGGUGAGGACGGAGGUGCGGCAGGCAAGCGAAGUUGGGUUGUAA